AUGGAUCAAGUUCCUGCGUCGAAUGCAGGAACAGACACCGAUCCAAUCAAACCCGGUGUGCCCAAUACUACCACAAAGCUAAUUCAAGUACCUUUAUGUGAAUACGAUUAUUUCAGACGGAUAGACUUAAUAUGUUUUACUUGCAACAAGGCCAUAAGAGGCUCCUAUAUUACAGCAGUUGGGCGUAAGUAUCAUCCUGAGCAUUUCUAUUGUGAGAUAUGCCACAAAGUGUUUGAAACAGAGGAUUACUAUGAACACGAGGGACAAAUUUACUGCCAUUAUCAUUACUCCCGCAUAUACGCGGCACAUUGCGAAUCUUGUAAGUCCGCCAUUCUUAAACAAUACGUGGAGAUGCAUCGAGGAGGUAAAGAGCAGCAAUGGCAUCCGGAGUGCUUUAUGAUCCACAAGUUUUGGGGUGUUGAUGUCACGGUUGACUGUAUUGGUCUUGAUAACCUACCAGCAAGUCUGAUAGAAAUCGCAAAGGCUGAUGAAAAGGUAAUGACUCCUAAGAUCCUUUUUGAGGUUGAACAUCGGCUGGAGCAAAUGAUGAUGUUUAUUUGGAUGACACUCUCGGAGUUUGAGGAAUCCUGUGCUGCUUGCAUUUCAGAUAUGCUUCACUCUGCCACAAUUGACGAUAAACUACAAGGGUUACUUGCAGCAGGUAAGCUGGUGCUGAAAAUUGAUUGUUUAUUUAAGGGAAUUAAUGUCCUCAAUGACUACGCUAACAGUUGCCACAUCCAGAUUGACUAUGACUCAGACCGUUAUCGCAGCUUGUCUGCGCUUACCAAAGAACCUCGUAGUUUGUCUUCCAAGCUGAUGUCUUAUCUAACUUUUCUCAGAGAUACUACCAAGACAAAACUUGCCACGUCCAAGUACUCUCGGGAGUUACUUUCACUCAUUUCUACCAUGGCUCAUUACAUUAAGCUUAUUUCAAGAAAUUCGUUGAUGCAUGCACUCGAGUACAACAGACUUACAAAGUCCACAUUGGCUACUGACAAAUAUUUGCGGGAGGUUUCUGUUCACGACUUAGUGCCGAAAGACGUGUUUCCCAAUUUGGAAAUAUCAGCAAAGGCAAAGGAUCAAUGUUCGGAGUGCGGCAAGAGCAUUGAGGCACGCUGCUUUCAAUUUGAUGAGAUGAGGUGGCAUCCAGAAUGCCUGAGAUGUUCAAAAUGUGGUAAGUCUCUAGCGAAUUCGUCAGUUAUCAAUGAGUUGGCAUUUAAUAGAGGUAAAAGUAGCAUUUUGUGCGAAAGCUGCGCCUCCGAAGAUGUCGAUGCAAUGACAGGGUUCCACGAAGUGUCAAAAUAUUCACAGUUGGUUUACUUGCUGAAAAUUGCAUUAGUUAGAUCUAAGUACGCGAUGCAAAAGCGGGGACUUAUCGAAAAGCACGGUAAGGAUGCAGGCCUACAGCCUAAUGACAGAUACUCUCUGCAGGUAUCCGAUAUUAAGCGCAUGCGCUCUUUGAGACAAAACAGAAAGAUUGGCAAUGCUACUAAUGAGAUCCGUAAAUCGAUCAUUUUGGAAGCCCCUGAGGGUUUCGUAGCGGAUCAAGAGGAAGCAGAUGAUAGAAAUAUUAUUCCAGAACUUCCAGAAGAGGAGGAAGUUAAUAAGAGCGAAGAAGCACCUGGAAAUAGAACUCCCAAAAAUUAUAUUCCUGGAGCAGCUUCUCAUAGCAUUAGAGAGAUACGCGACUCAGAUUCUAGAACCAAUAGCAUUAUAUCUGCGCAUUCAACCAUGUUCUUGAAAAAGAACAGGUCAUUAGGCCGCAAAGGUUCCAAGAGACUUCGGAUAGAAGAUGUGCCUAUGAAUGCUAAGCCUACAAACGUGAACCUAGACGAGACUUCGAAUUUGUUGAAGAACGAGAAAGGACUUACAUUGGACGACAUUCCGAGAAUUGUUUCAUCUGAGCAGGCUCGUGAGUACAGACCAAAUGCCUUCAGAUUCCAGAAGAGGAACUAUGAGACGGCAGCCUCAACUAUACCUGCAUCGAAAUCCGUUCAAAAACGGAUUAGUGAUGUUCCUAGUACUAUCAGCAUUCCUUUGAAUGAAGCAAGGAGUAGAGAUUCAUCGAUCCAGAGUAGUAUGUUGACCACAGAGGCUGAAAACUCUACAGUAACAGUCAUAGCAUCUGACUAUCCUAAACCUUUCGUUUCUAAUGUUAAGAGUGACGGAGUGGCGGUGGCUGCAACAGUAUCAGCUCAUUUGUCAGCUUCGGCUGUUUCAGGAUCACAUGAUAAGAGAUUCUCGGAACUAACCCCCAUACAGCAUGACUAUAUGCGUCAUGUGGCGGCCUUUUCGCUUCACAAGAUCCUGGGUGACGAACUAACGCUUGAAGAUUGCUUGUCGUUUAUUGAUAUUCGCAAAAAUCCAUCAUUUUGGGGUAAAAUAUUCGGAAGUUCGAAGAAAAACUCUUACAAUGACCUCCACAAAGUAUUUGGAGUUCCAUUGGAAGCAGUGGCGGUGAAAUACGGUAUUGAUAGUGAUUUGGGUAUUGGGCCAGAAAAAUUACGGAUUCCAACGCUUGUGGACGAACUCAUCAAUGCCAUGCAUACGAAGGAUUUGAGCGCAGAGGGUGUUUUCCGGCUCAACGGCAAUAUUAGACGGUUAAAGAAACUUAUGACAUCUAUCGAUGAGCAUCCAGAUGCAGUACCAGAUUUAUACAGCGAAAAUGCUAUUCAGUUAGCAGCUUUGCUCAAAAAGUUUGCACGUGGUCUUCCAAAUCCGCUGCUCACGUUCAAGCUCUAUGACGUGUUUAUAUUAUCACAGAAGUUUGCGGAAGAGCCCAAGAAACGAGAUAAAAUUCUCAAGCUUGCUUACUGCAUGCUGCCCAAAGUUUACAGAGAUCUUACCGAGGUGCUUCUUUCAUUCCUUAAUUGGGUAGCCACAUUCAGCCACAUCGACGAAGAGACGGGCUCUAAGAUGGAUAUUCAUAACUUGGCAACCGUUCUGACUCCAAACAUCUUGUAUUCGAGGCCUAAAAUCACCAACAAAAUGCCAGACUCUGCUGAUUUGAUUCCAAACGGAGAAAAUCACUUCUUGGCUAUUGAAGUGGUCAAUACGAUGAUCGAGAACCAUGAUGAUUUGAGUAUCAUCCCCACAGAUCUCUUGAAACUAUACAAGAAGGCUGGCCUGGAUGCCAUUGCUCCUUCAAAGGAUGGUUUCACUACUAAAGAGAUUAUUGCUAAAUGCAGAGCCGCGUACGAUAAAAAGCCAAGCAUUCUUGAGAAAAUAGUUUAA